AUGUGCCUUUUAUGCAACAAAGUUUUGGGCAAUGACGCUAUGAAACCAUCUAAACUGCAAGAUCAUCUGAGAAGAUGCCACCCUGAUAAAACAGAGAAAGAUUUGAAAUACUUUCAAACACUCAAAGAUAAAUUUCAGAAGAGACCUACACUGGACAGAAUGUUCGCUUCGACGUCACAAAGAAAUGAUGAUGGUUUGCGCGCGUCUUACAAUAUCUCGUUACUUAUAGCAAAAUCCGGAAAACCGCAUACUAUCGGGGAGAAGUUAAUUUUGCCAGCCGUUGAAGAGGUUUUAAAAACUGUUUUACACAAACCUGCAUCUGGUAUCAUCAAAAGAAUUCCCUUAAGCAACAAUACUGUUGAAUGA